GCACCAAAACUUGAGAUAUAUAUAGAGAGAGUUCUACCAUAAGUAGAAGAAAAUUAAACAAAAAAACACCCUUCUUUAAUCUCAAGAUAUGGCUUUGUUGUUGUCUUCGUCGUUUCAUCAACUCGUUGUUGCUGCGUCGUUGAUGGGCAUGGCUUUGUUCUUGAGCUGCAACGCGCAGCAGCUUGCUCCGACGUUCUACUCCCCGACUUGCCCGUCGGUGACCAACAUCAUUCGCCAAGUUCUCGUCAAUGCUUCCGCCACCGAUCCCAGGAUCGGCGCCAGCCUCAUCAGGCUUCACUUCCAUGACUGCUUCGUCAAUGGAUGUGACGCAUCAGUGCUGCUGGAUAACAGCGCGACGAUUUUAAGCGAGAAACAAGCUCUUCCAAAUAACAACUCGUUGAGAGGGUUUGAAGUUAUAGAUUUGAUGAAAAGCCGGGUGGAGGCGUCUUGCCCCGGCGUCGUUUCUUGCGCCGAUAUACUGACCAUCGCCUCGGAGGAAUCUGUCGCCUUGGCAGGAGGACCGUCGUGGGCAGUUCCAUUGGGAAGACUGGACAGCUUAACCGCAAACCGGAGCUUGGCGAACUCGGCGCUCCCGCCUCCCUUCUUCACCGUCCCUCAGCUCAAAGCUGCUUUCGCUGCCGUCGGCCUCAACACCACCGUCGACCUCGUUGCCCUCUCUGGUGCGCAUACGUUCGGGAGGGCCCAGUGCGGCGGGUUCGUAGACCGGCUCUACAACUUCAGCGGGUCGGGCAACCCGGACCCGACCCUGAACGCGACCUACCUCCAGACCCUCCGGCAGCUGUGCCCGCGCAACGGCAACGCCAGCGUGCUCGCCAACCUCGACCGCGCCACCCCCAACGCCUUCGACUCCCGCUACUUCUCCAACCUCCAGACCCGCGAGGGCCUCCUCCAGAGCGACCAGGAGCUCUUCUCCACUGCCGGCGAGGACACCGUCGCCAUCGUCAACCGGUUCAGCGCCAACCAGACCGCAUUCUUCCAGAGCUUCGUCGCGUCCAUGAUCAGGAUGGGCAACAUCGCGCCGCCGCCGGGGAGCCGCGGGGAGAUCAGGAGGAACUGUAGGGUUGUGAAUGGCGCUUCCACGUUGAUCACCACGACGGCUACGGAUGGUUCGGAGAGUGAUUUGGGUUACGAGACUACGCCACUUGCUAGCUCUAUUUAGAAAAAAGUUUUAUUAUGACUUUUCUACGUGGAUUGGGUGAGACUGAGAGACAAAGUUGAAUAAAAGAGAGAUUAUUAUUAUUAUUAUUAUUAUUGUUAUGAUUAUGAUUAUUAUUAUUAUUAUUAUUAUAUGGUAAAUGUGUGUGUUUAAUUUGGGGGAAGUUGGGUCUAUAGAGUCGGCUGGCCCAUUGUUGUACUUGUAACGUUGUUGAUCUGGAGUUUAUGCAUGGUUUAAGCUUUAAUUGUCGUUUACUAUUAAUGUUUAUUACGUGUAAUAUGAAUAUAAAAAAAUGUUUUAUGUAAUGUCAAGAAAGUUGUGUGGAAUUUAUUUUUGUACUUUGUAGCUGUCACAAGUCACAACGCAAGUUUCUUUUCUUUCCCGUAAUGACGACAUCAAUUGGAUUAGUUGGAACAAGGAAGAUACCGAGGAAGGAAUUCGAGAAUAGCAACAAGUGGAGCAAAACAAAUCUAGAGGGUGGUAUAAAAUUAACAUAAUUUU